AUGGUUUUCUCUUCUAUUCAAGGUUAUGUAGAUCCACCUAAUUGGCACCACCAGCAACACAAUCAUCAUCAACAAAAUGGAAGCGAUAACACUCAACUACUUCCACCUUUACCUCCUCAAGUGGGAGGUAAUAUUGGUGGUACUAUGAGCUCGAUCAGACCAGGUUCGAUGGCUGAUCGAGCUCGUUUAGCAAAGCUACCACCACCAGAACCAGCACUAAAGUGUCCUCGUUGCGAUUCAACCAACACUAAAUUUUGCUACUUCAAUAACUACAGCCUCACUCAACCUCGUCACUUCUGUAAGACAUGUAGGCGUUAUUGGACAAGAGGGGGUGCACUUAGAAAUGUUCCAGUUGGCGGAGGGUGUCGUAGAAACAACAAAAAGAACAAAAGAAACCGUUCAAAAUCUCCUACUUCAGCAAACUCUCAGGAGAAACAAACUUCAUCAUCAAGUGCAAUCCCUUCUCAUCAUGAACUAAUUGGUCAUCAGUUACCGCAACAAAUCACCAACUUACCCUUCAUGACCUCUAUGCAGAAUCAUCUCAGUCGUUAUGUUGUUGGAAACGUUAACAUGGGUCUCGGUAACUCAGAUCAUAUGGGGUUUCAAAUUGGUGUUGCUAAUGGUAACGGUAACCGUAACGGUAACUCAUCUUCUAUUUCUAUUUCUGCUUCUGCUGCUGUAGGCGGUGGCGGUGGUGGUGAUGACGGCGGUGUUGGAGUUGAACAGUGGCGUAACUUGCAGCAAUUUCCUUUCAUGAAUACUUUCGAAUCAAAUUCAAGUGGAAACAAUUCAUACCAUUUUCAAGGAGAAACUAUAGAAGCUGCAGCAGCCACUGGAUUUGUUGGAGAUCAUAUAGCUUCAAACUCUAGGGUUGUUGUUAAUCAAGAGCCACCAGUUAAAAGAGAAGAAAACCGCGGUUUAAAUUUAUCAAGAACUUCUCUCGGUGUCUCCGAACAUAAUAACCAACAACAAUACUAUUCAUGGAAUGAUUUAUCAGGUUCUUCAACUACUCAUCUCUUAUAA